AGUCGGUAGUCUCUGGUGAUGAUUAUUAUCAGAAAUAAGAAAUAUUAUUUUUACAUUUUUUUAUUUCUGAAACUAUUAUUUUCUUGUUUAAUUAUUGUUCUUGUUGUGAUAUGUUAAAUUUGUACUGAGGUGAAUGUGCAUGGAAAUGAAUUUACAAACCUUAUUCCAAGAUUUUAAUCCUAGCAAAUUCGUCGUUCACAGUUGUUUACUUAUAUUCACUGCAUUAUUGGCUUUGAAGUUAGAUAAUUCAAUAACAUGGUCCUACUGGGCAGUUUUUACACCCAUUUGGGUUUGGAAAUUCUUAGUGGUUUUAGGUGCUACCGUUGGCACCUAUGUUUGGUGGCAAUAUCCACAUUUCAGAUUGGAGGGUGAGGCAUACAUCCAUUACAAAGCUAUGCUUAUAAGUCUUGCCAUACAUUUAAUUCUGUUAAUGUUUGAAUUGCUUGUAUGUGAUCAGUUGACUACAAAACGCCAUGUAUGGAUACUCGUCUUUAUACCAUUAAUCUUUAUAAGUGUAGUAUCCAUUGCCAUCUGUAUAUGGUCUGUGAAACAUGACCGUAGUUAUGAAUUGGAGUUGUUUUGUGCUGUAAAUAUCCUUCAAUUUAUAUUCUUGGCAUUGAAGUUGGAUGACUUCAUCAACUGGUCAUGGGAGGUGGUGUUUGUGCCACUCUGGAUACUUAUGUGUCUCAGUUUAGUAGGGGUGUUGUACAGUAUCAUAUUCGCUGGUAUCCUGCUGCGUACUCCAGAAGUGAAUGUGCAACAACGUCGCACUAGUUUUAAUUCCGCGCUAGCGUACACAUUUACUGUGAUACCAAUACUGGUGUUUCAGGUGCUAUUAACAAACAAAUUGGAUGACGGCCUCACUCUCUCCUACACGGUUGUAGUGAGUCCGCUCUUUGUGAGCUACGCCACACUCAUUAUCAUGUCAUUCAGUUCUAAAGGUGGAAAUAAAUGGUGGUUUGGAAUCAGAAAAGAUUUUUGCCAGUUCCUGUUAUCAGUGUUCCCAUUGUUACAAGAAUAUGCUAAUAUUGCUUAUAAUAACAACGUAAAUAGAGGAUCUAAUGGAAUACCAAACGAACCCGUCAAUCAAGAACCAUACAGGGACGAGGAAAUUCACAAAAAAGUGAAAGAUAGCAAGAAGUCCAAUAAAAAUCAAAAGAAGAAUGAAACCAUGAAACCAGUAGUGCCUGUUACUAGCAUAGAUAUGCCAGAUUGAGGAUGCGUAGCUUUACUGAAGUGUUGACAUGUGUGUUCACGUUAGAUAUUUGUGUAUCGUGUAAAUAUCGGCUUAAAAUUGUAACAGAGCAAUAUUAAACAAAUUGUUAAGUUUUAUUUUAGCACUAAGCCAUGUUUUGUGUGUAGUCAUUACAAGAGAUAUUACGGAAUUACGAAUAUCAGUUUACUGUUUUCUUAUAUUAGAGUAACAUGUCGAUGUUUAAUAUUAAAUAUAAUAAUUGUUGCUCCUACUUUGACUGACUUUAUGUAUGAUCUGUUACUCUCAAUUACUGUAAUAGUAAUUGUUAAAGUUGUCACUAAAUAGCAGUCUGUCGCUGUACUUUGACUUUUCAUGUAAUGCAGUAAAAUAACAUAUCCAAUUUUCGAGAUUAAUAUACAUACAUAUAUUAUUAUUUUGAUUAUGUAGAAUACUUAAAAACUGAUUGAAUUCACAAACUAUCAGUUAGCAAAACAUUUGUUCUCUAGAUUAUUUUAUUUUGUAAGUAUGUAACGUAAAUGAGGUGUCUGAAAACAAUACAAUAAUUUAAUAUUAUCUUCUUUCAGAAAUAAAAACUCUUAUUGUUUGAAGGAAAUAAGUAUUCUGAUAUUAAAGAAUUAUUAGUGUUCAUUAAUCUCGGUUAAAAAGUAAGUGAGUUUAAUAGCGAACCGGUACUCAUUAUUAGAAUAGGCACAGUACUUUAUUAUAUCUUGGAAUUUUGCGUCACACGAAUUUAAUUAUAUUUGAACCCACCUUCGUCCUUGUCACAUCUGGACUCACUUAUGAAUCUCUCCACUGCCUUAUGACAUAUAUGACGUCACAUAUUUUGUAAUUGUACACUCGUAAACCGAGUGUAAACUCGUUAUCAAAACAAUUUUAACAUAUUAUACAAAUGGAAAAUAAUGUUUUUAAGGUUUUUGGAAAAGUUCAGUGUUUUAUUACUUUUCUAUAAUAUUUUUAGGUUUUGAUUUGUCUUGUCACGAAAUUUUGGACUCCCUGGCCACACAUCAUCCCUCUACUUCCCCCGCAUCGUGUGACCUAAUAUGGAUAGAAAGAGAAUCUGCGUUGUCCCAUUAUUCUGAAAUUUGACAUUUCGAUCUGUUCUUUUACUGCACCGAAAUAAAAGUUGACUUUAUACCUCUUAAGUAGUGACCAUAUAUUGUUGUAACAUAAAUGUGUCUGAAAUCAGGUAACAGUGUAAUAUACAAGUUUAUUAGAAUAUGAAAACUAACAUAUUUUCAUUUCAGUAAAACAUUUACGCAAGGCGGUCAAACAUAAGCGCCUUUUCUAUUUCGCUGUUAUUGAUAGACUGAGGUUAGACACUAAUUAAUUUUAUUGUCUGGUUUACAUAAAUUUUCAAUAUAAUAACUGAUUUAUAGUAUAAUAGGUAUGACGAUAAUGAUAAAGAGACGAUGAAAUAUUACCUUCAGGAUAAAUAUUUAUAUUAUUGGCAUAACAAAAUUAUAAAAGAUGAAAACUCUUCAAUGGCGCAAAAAACUAUUUUAUAAUUUUAAUAUGUAUAGAAACAUAAUUACAAGAAACAAGACAUAGAGAAAACAAUGGACGGCUAUUGCUAAACAGCGAUCUCUUCCAGGCAACAUAUAAAGCAAAAUUCGGAUUAUUUUUUAAUGCAAUAAAACUCUAAUUAAAGCUAUCUGCCGUGUAAGUGAAACGUCAUACCUAUUACAUAUGAGUAUAUCUAUCAUUCUAGUAAAUAACUAAAUUCAUGGUAAAUAUUACAGAGUAGCCAAAUUCUUUGAGUCCUGUAGUAAACAUAUUUUACCUAGCACUAGUAGCACGUGUUAUACGAAAUUUAAAUUUAAUAUAGGAAAUGCAAAUUCUAAGGUUAUAUUUAGCAAUAAAAGACUCCUGAGGCAAUAACGAAAAGGAUUUUCCAAAUUAGUCAUGCGUAUUGUUCUCAUGUUUGUAAAAAUGUAGAGUAGAUAUAGAAAAACAAAUUUGAAUGGUACUAAUAAUUUUACUCUUGAACCCAGUAUCAAACUCCUUAUAUUUAAGAUCGUACUGUUUGGUUAACUUCUAGUUUUCGUUAGCCAAUAGCAAAAUCAAUGGUCAUUUUCUCUAAUUAAUUUACAACUAUAGCUUUCUCAUCACAGUUAUUAUUUUUAUUACAAUGUUACGUAGUGCAUAUUCUUUUUUAAGGGAUAGAAUGGCCCUCCCACCAGUGCUAGUGGAGAUUGAUAACUUGAGCACGAAGCCAUAUCAUUUAGCCCAUCGUUGCGAAAUUAAAUACGAUGGUUUUCAAGGGAUUACGCGUGGAGAUCAAACCGAUAUCCGUAAAUUGAUAGACUAUCAACUUCCUUACCCAGUAAUCAUACUUUGUAAUACAGUAAUACUCAGUCUAUAUUUACUGCUAAAUAAAUCUGAACCACAAACUUCUUAUUAUGCCCUCUAUGGACAAUAUGUACUAUUAUUUCUAUUUUUUAUUUUAUUUCGAGUAUUUAUUCUGUGCCUACAACUUAUUAUUCAAAGGCAAAAAUAUAGUUGAUCCAGGUGCUGUAUGUGUUUUAAGUUACUUUUUAUUUAAAGAUUUUCGUUUAUUUAGAAUAAAUAUAUCACAAUAAUAUAACGUCUUUAUAUUGUUGAGGUUGCUACGUAUUUGAAGAUUAUAUUAGCUGAUUACCAUAAUAAAUCAACUGUAACUUUAUUAGCAGCAAACAUGAUAAAUAAGUACCUUUUAAUUUAGGAAAGUUUAAAUAAUAUUUAAAGCCAUAUCAAUAAAGGAAUCGUUAUAUAUUAUGUAUUUUCUCUAUUUUGUUCAGUCUUGACAUAUCGCUUUACACAUCGCUUUAAUUUUUUCAGUGUAUGAUUGUUAUACAUAACUAGUUUGUCUGAUCAAUUUACAUAAUAUGUUUAGUAUUAGAUUGUUUAUAAUAUAUAUAAGUAAUAUUUAUUUUAAUCAGAUAUCUUAUUAAACAUAUUUUCAACUAACUGGUAUAUGGUAACAGUAAUUAUAAAUCUUUUGAACUGCAUAUUCAGUUCAGUUGAGGUUCUAAAUGAUUUUAUUGUUAUAUUAUUAGAAUUAGCAAAGAAAUAUGACAGUUCCUCGCAAUAAAGC